UGCAGAGAGCAGAUGAGCCUUGACGGCUUUCUUGGCCAAUGGCCAGCAAUGUGGAUCCUCCAUACUUGCUACGUGGGCACGGGAAGUUGGGAAACUUAGGGCUGCGCCCAAGAAUUGCUUUGGUGUCGACUCUUCGGGAUGUGCAGGAUCAGUUUCUUCUUUGGUGCGAGUGGUUCCGAAUCAUCGGAUUUGCGCAUCUUUUCCUGUACUUCGAUGAUGAAGAGUGCGAUCAGGCAAGCAUCGAAGCUGCUUGUUCCACCUACUCUGCGGACUUUUUGAGCAUCGCAUUGAACACGCCCCAGCUGCGAGAGGAGUGGGCAUCACUGAGGACUUGGAAGCAGUUCUCCGUCUUCACGGAAGAUCGGAUGUGCAGGCAGCUGCUGAACAUUGCCCACGCCUUGAAGCGCGCUGCUCGAGGCGAGGGCCCGGAGGCGGUUGACUGGAUGUUCCACCUCGAUCACGACGAGCUCUUCCUUCCACCGGAAGGCUUACAGGCUCACUUCCAACAUUUGGAAGAUGGGGGUUGCCGCCUCUGCCUCUACCAGAACUUUGAGGCCGCACCGCAGGCUCACACGCUGACCCCCUUCCUUGACGUGAGCCUCUUUAAGGUGCCUAGCGGUCGUGUGGCCAAGACACCGCUGGGCGCCGCUGGCAUGAACUUCUGGGCCCAGCGCACCAAGGCUGGCACCCACUUCCUGUACUACGACAAUGGCAAGAGCGCGGUGCGAGUUCGCCGCAAUGUGGAGAUAGCGCCCACAUCGGUCCACCUGCUGUACCCUCCAGAAGACUUGGAGGAGCUGAUCACCAAGAGGCAGGCCUGGACCAACUUCCCGAAGCAUGAGCUAGCGGACAUGGAGCUGGACUGGAUGAUCUCCUGCCAUGACGAGGUGGUGGCCGGCGCCAAGGUGCUGCACUACCCGGCCACGCACUAUGACCGCCUCUUUCGCAAGUAUCUGCAUCUCGGCAACUUUCCGGCUGUGCGAUUUGGGGGCGAGCUUGUCAUCCCGGCGUCCUUCCACCUCGAGGCUAGGGAUGAGUUCCUGAAGUACGAUGACCAGGAAAGCCGGAAGGCAAAAUUGAAGGAGCUUUUGGAGAAGGCGGCCUUCCUGCAAACCGAGGCCGAGGUCCAGACCCAGUUGGAGACGGGCUCGGUGGUGGUCAUCGACACGGUGCGGGAGACUUUGCGCGCCGGGCGCUGGGUGCCGCCCAGGCAACUCCGGCCGAGCGCGGCCAGCUGGGCCUUGCGCAGGCCCAGCGUGCAGGGCAUGGAGCGGCUCCAGCGGAUGCGCCGGCAAGCCGCCGAGGUCCUUUUUCAGGGCGGCGGGAUGUUGAGGGACUUGGAUGCGGCUUUGGACACCAUCGCGCAGCGGUUGCAGACCCACGGCUGGGUCGCCUGCGAGCUGGGCGCACACCGAAAGUUGAUGGAACGCGCGGUGCAGGAGGCCCAGGGUUUGAAGUCCCGGAUGUCGCGGGGUAGCACGGUGAUCGAGAACCACAUCCUGGACCCCGGGAUGUCCAAUGACCGGGGGGACCAGGUGCUCUUCAUGGAGGAGCAGGGCCUCACAGGCCCGGAGGCCGCCAAGGGCCCGGCGCCCACGUUGGCGCUGCUGAACUCCGCGCUGGCGGACGUGGGCUUCCAGCUGGACCAAAGGCUCCAGAAGACUAUGGCGCUCCGCCUUACGGAGCGCUGCGACGGCAUGCUGUCCUGCUACGGCCCAGAGAAUGGGGGGUACAGCGCCCACGUGGACAACGCGGACGGGGAUGGCCAGGUGGCCGGCCGAGUACUCACCGCCAUCUUGUACCUCAAUGCGGGCUGGGACCGCCAGGACGCGGGCGAGCUUGCGAUUUUCCACCCGGAGAAGGGGGACAUCGGGGAUGCAGACGUCCAGGGCAGGUGGCACAUGGUCCAUCCGGAGGCCAACACGCUGGUUCUGCUGCGAGCCGACCAGACGUUGCAUGAAGUCCGCAGCUCCCGCGCGGAGCGCUUCGCCAUCAGCGUCUGGUUUUGCGGGCAGCAUGCGGAGUACGGCGGGUCCUGACGGAACCGAAGCGUUGCACUCUGAAGCUGCCUGUGAAGUCGAAGGUGAUGCAAGAGGCCGAGAUGCGUGUUUUCCAGGACAACGUCGACUGAUUUUCACGUGAGUUGUCAUCGGGGUGGCUUUCAGUGGACUGCACAGAAGGCACGGGACAUCCAGAAAGUCUUAUGCGGGAAAGGCGCAUGAGAGCUGCGCAGACUUGCCUGUGAUGAAGGAGCGGAGUGUGGAAAAGGCCGGUAAGAAGC